AUGAGCUUCCAAUACCACAAACUGGAUCCAAACCAACGACAAAUCCGACUGCUCUCUAUUCAUCCCUCAAGAAACAAAAGGAAUCCGAUCCAGUGUUCCCUCCAUGCCGUGUCACUCAAUGAUUCUCCCAAGUUCGAAGCCCUUUCAUAUGUUUGGGGAACGCAAGAUGCCACCGAGCAGAUAGUUCUCGAUGGUAAGGAGUUCUAUGUAAAGCCCAACGUCGCCAACGCUCUUUACGAACUUCGACGUACAUUCAGGCGUCGGGAUAUAUGGGUCGAUGCUAUUUGCAUCAACCAGUGCGACAUUGACGAAAAGAAUACCCAAGUACCCUUGAUGGCCACGAUUUACACCUCAGCGGCUCGCGUAGUCGCCAUGCUGGGAGAUGCCACCCCGGAGAUAGAGCUGGCGGUAGCAUGGACAGAAAGAUACAUAGAGAAGAGAUUGACCAAACGGGCCUUACACUGGUGGCGGCUCGAUGUAGCGAGAGCCUUUUCUGAUAAGGCUAGAGUAAACAGGGUCCAUGCGGAAUGCGAUACCUUACAAGGCAUGAUCCAGAUCAUGACUAGGCCUUACUGGUUUCGAAUGUGGACAUACCAAGAAUAUCUGCUGCCCAUGAAUACGCCACUUGCUGUCUGCGGAAGUCUGACGUUCAAAGUGUCGACAAUGCUAGCAGAUCCUGCCAAAGACUCGAUAAUGAAGCGCAUGGACCCCAGAAUAUCGUGUGAUGAUUACAUACCGUCAGACGAGGUGACAAGUUUGAAGUGGGUGUGGGAUGCGGCCAGCGAAGCAUUCAGCGAAAUCUGCACCUACGAAGAAGUCUCCUCCCUUAGACAAAAUAGGGGGUUCGAAAAGAAGGAAACCCCGGGGCAUCAUUUCAGGAAAACAUAUCAUCGGAAAUGUCAGAAUCCAAAGGACAGAAUUUACGCCCUUUAUGGUGUCAUCCAGGACCUCCAGAAGGCUUUCCCUCCAGAUUAUAAUAAAACAUAUGAGCAAAUUGCGCUGGAAACGACGAUUUGGAUGAUCAGUCAGGAGGACUGCCUGCUUUUCACAUUAGUUCCUUUUGCUGCACACAAUGCAUGGAAUACUCAACUCCCUUCCUGGGUGCCUGAUUAUCGCCAAGGCCCCGCACAAUUCAUAACGUCUUACCGGAAAGUCCCUCUAAUAGAUGCAGUGCAAGAGCUUCGCGGGUAUACAAAACUUGGGACAUCUCUUAAUGGGUCAGACCAUAUGGCAGUCAAAGUAUCUGACAAUAGUUCAAUUUUACACCUCCGUGCUCAGCGAUUCGGUAAAUGCAGGGCCGUGCUGCAAUUUUCAACGGAUCCACGCACGGUUGCAAGUCAGCUUAUUUGGGUCUUUAAGAAUCUAAAGCAGUGGUGGAGCCAUCUCUGUGAUAGACUUCUCAUGCAAGACCACCUUAUCAGCACAUGGCUCGCUUUUCAAGUUACUUCGCAACACCAAGACGUCGAUACGAUACGGUCUUUUCUAUGGAAAAUAGCGAAGUUGGGUCCAUCGGUUACCGAGGGGGAGGUGUGGGAGAGGGAAGGUGCCACGAAGUCUUAUAUUGAACAUGUCCAAAAUCUUGGAGGUCACAGGCUCUUUUUGGCGUAUAAUUCCAAUCUCUACUUAUUUGGAAUCACCCCAGGGGCAGUGGAAGAUGAGGACAUUUUCACUAUUCCACUCCAGUUGAACCGCCCACUCAUACUUUGCCCUGAUGACACUGUGGUCAGCAAGGGCGAUGAAUUGUACUAUAAAGUAGUUGGCUAG